CUGGGAUGCGGGUCCCAUUGUGGCCUGAGGCAGCCAUAACGUCCUAGCUUGUUCUAUUUUUGCCAUGCGAAGAAUUCAAGAUACCCUUGCGCAAGCUUUGAGCCUCGUUUACCCGCUAGAGACUCGCGGUCCUGACUAGCCAGAUGUGAUGAGCAAGGCGUUAUUCAACUACGUGUUCAUUCGUUACCUCGAUCGACAAUAUGCCCGGGUCCUGCGAGGUCUGCUCCUUAGAACCGUCCAAAUAUCGUUGUCCAACAUGUUCUCUCAUGAGUUGCUCGCUUGCCUGCACCCAAUCACAUAAGAUUUAUUGUGCACCCAAGGCCACACCUCCGGACGAAGAACCGAAAGACACACCUGCGGAUGCGACUGCACCGGCUUCCCUACAGAAAGGCGAUACUACGCCCGAAAGUGCGGGAAAUACAUCGAACAAGAAGAUUGAGACUUCUGCUGCUGCUAUAGCUGCUUCGUCGGAGCUUCAAGCGCUAUUCUCCCGCUAUCCUCAGCUACGCAGCCAGCUGCACGAAAUAUACCAGGCAACCCAGGAGGAGGAAUGGCAAGAAUGGUACACACCUCCUACAAGGGGAAGGCCCUACGGCCGAGGAGGGAGAGGUGGUUCGCGUCGUAGUAGAGGCUCAUGGACCGCAGAAAAGGGAUUUAACCGCGGCUUGGGCAAAGUGCGGAAGCUCCGACAGGAUUGUGAAGGAGGCAUAGAGACCGGGGUCAAAGCGAGGGCCUUUGUGGACUUUCUGGCGGUGGUCAAUAAGGACGGUCAGGCUCAAUCUCAAUCGGAAGAAUGAGCGUCGUUGACCCCGGGGGAGAUCUCUCCUUGGGCUGGCAUAUGAAUUCUGCCUUCCUAUUCUACCAUCUUUUGAAGCUCCAGUCAUUGCUGGACAAUGGCACGAGUGACACGACUACAGAGUGGCAUUGGGGAAUUCUGACCUCAAUGCGGGGUUCCGAAGUAAAUUAGAUAGCCAAGUAGGCAAUGUGACACACUAAUAUUUACCUAA